AUGGAAAACAAUCUAGACCGUGUAAUGGAAGAAAUAUGUCUAGACCCUGCAGUACUAGGCUGUCUAUUUGCUGACCAGCAAGGCCUUUGCAUUGGAUCCAAAGGACAAGCGUCCAAUGAAACCUCCGGCUACAUAACGGCAAUAGCAAAUCAAGUAGCCAAGUUGGAACCCAACAGCAAAAUGCCAGUGGUCACCUUAGAAAACGAAAACCAAAUUUGCAUGAUACAAAAGGCCGAUACCAUUACGGGAGCUAUUUAUAAGAAAUUAUAA